AUGGUCAUGACAAAUAAAUGCAUAAAUGUUACAUCCAACAAUACCACAUCCUCCAUGGAAAAAACGCCUGGCAGUGAAAAUGUUCCUCACAGGGCUCCCAUGAUGGUGGAGCACACAUAUAAAUCAGUGGCAAAAGAAACGGCAAAGUCGACGUCAACGGAAAAGCCAGCGGAGACGUCUAACCCGGCAUCGGAGAUGUUAACGGCCGAUAUUGUGUCUGGUGGCGCCCAAUUGUCGACGGCGUCAACAACAACGUCAUCGUCAUCAUCGUCGUCAUCAGACAAUGCCGCCACCAUUUUAGAUGAGCGCCUGUCUAAGGAUGUUGAAAGUGUAUUCCCCAAGAAAAGACAAGACGUCCUCAAAUGGUAUGGCUGGGGCUAUAAUGACUCGGAGUUUUAUGUCGAGAAUGAUAUGAUAUGUUUUCGAGGGGAGAAAUACCCCCUCGAUGGCACAACUCUACCCCUCUUUACCGAAUGGGUGCUGAAUCGUUUCAAGUGUACCCUGCACAAUAAGCUACCGUUACCCGAAUUACCCAAAGAAUUUCCAAAGCCCACCGUUAAUGCCGAAUUUCUGAGAGAGCUUACAGCGUCGAAUAUAGCCCAUAGCCUAGAGGGUAUGGAUCGUCUGGUGCGAUGUCAUGGUCAGACGCUGCAUGACAUCUAUUAUCUGUGUAGCAAUAAAUUUCAACGUAUACCUGAUAUUGUCACCUGGCCCACAAAUCAUGGAGAGGUGGUAAAACUUGUGAAUAUGGCUCAUCGACAUAAUGUUGUAAUAUUACCCUAUGGAGGUGGUACUUCGGUGUCGGGUGCCAGUACAUGUCCUCAGGAGGAGGCGAGGAUGAUGUGUUGCCUGGAUACCUCACAAAUGAAUCGAAUGAUUUGGUUGAAUAAAUCCAAUAUGACAGUGUGCUUCGAGGCUGGAAUUGUGGGUCAGGAUUUGGAGAGGACUCUGCGCAGUCAAGGCUUGACUGUGGGUCAUGAGCCGGAUAGUUAUGAAUUUUCUACACUCGGAGGUUGGGUGGCCACUCGUGCCUCGGGCAUGAAGAAAAAUGUCUACGGGAAUAUUGAAGAUCUGGUGGUGCAUGUGAAAAUGGUCACACCGAAUGGUGUCCUGGAGCGAGAAUGUACGGCGCCACGCGUAUCAUGUGGUCCGGAUUUUAAUCACAUCAUUAUGGGUUCGGAGGGCACUUUGGGUGUUAUUACAGAAGUGGUGCUGAAAGUGCGACCUCUACCUCCGGUGAGACGUUACAAUAGUUUGGUGUUUCCCGAUUUCGAAAGUGGUGUUCAAUUUAUGCGUGAAGUGGCCUUGAGGAGAUGCCAGCCCUCCUCCGUACGUCUGAUGGAUAAUGAACAAUUUAUUAUGGGUCAAAGUUUAAAGCCGCCAAAAGGCUGGACAGCCAGUGUGGUAGAUUAUGUGAAGAAGCUGUAUGUGACCAGCAUUAAGGGUAUCGAUUUGAGCAGUAUCUGUGCGGCCACCCUGCUCUUCGAGGGUGAACUGGAGGAUGUUAAUCGUCAGGAGGAAUUGGUUAUCAGUAUAGCCAAGAAAUAUCGAGGAUUUGCUGCGGGCGGUGAGAAUGGUGAACGUGGUUAUAUUAUGACCUUUGUUAUUGCUUAUAUGAGGGAUCUGGGCUUGAGACAUGAUAUUAUUGCGGAAUCCUUUGAAACCUCGGUACCUUGGGAUCGCUGUGCCAGACUGUGUCGUAAUGUCAAGCAACGUGUUGCAUUGGAAUGUCACGCCCGCAGUGUCCAUCACUAUAGUAUAUCGUGCCGGGUGACUCAGACCUACGAUGCGGGUGCUUGUGUCUAUUUCUAUUUUGCAUUCAAUAUGAAAGGUUUUGAAAAUCCUGUCGAAAUAUUUGAAUACAUAGAAUCAGCAGCUCGCGAUGAAAUCCUAAAAUGUGGCGGUUCGUUAUCACAUCAUCAUGGUGUGGGCAAGAUACGGUCACGAUGGUAUCAACAUACUGUGACGAAAACUGGUACAGAGGUAUAUAAGGCUACCAAGGAUCGACUGGAUCCUAAAAAUAUAUUUGCUGCGGGUAAUUUGCUGCCACAAGAUGUGGUGACGGAGGACAAGGUGGAGAAGAAGUCGACAAAGGAAUUGCAGUCAACGGCAUUGACGAACCUCACGAACAUGAAAUUUAAAUCGAAACUUUAA